AGGAAGCUCAGUUUCCGGCUGCUCGCAUCGGAGGGAGAGAGGACUGCUGACGCCGCGAAACCCCGAGGAAAAACACCCAAAACGCCGCCGGCUUUGGGGGGGGGGUUCACGGUUCCAAGAGGCAGUAGUGGUCGUUUCCUUCCACACCGGGGGAUCGGGGGGCUGGUGCUUCUUUUCUUUUUCCUGCACGGAGAGUGAAGCACCAAACCCGGGGAAGCAGCGGCCGGAGCGGGGAGCUAGCAGCUACCGGCAUGGCCAGGGACUACGAUUACCUCUUCAAGCUGCUCAUCAUCGGCGACAGCGGAGUGGGGAAGAGCAGUCUCCUCCUGCGAUUUGCAGACAACACAUUUUCAGGUAGCUAUAUCACCACUAUCGGCGUGGACUUCAAAAUCCGGACGGUGGAGAUCAACGGGGAGAAAGUGAAGCUUCAGAUCUGGGAUACUGCAGGGCAAGAGCGCUUUCGCACCAUCACCUCCACAUACUACAGGGGAACGCAUGGGGUCAUAGUGGUAUACGACGUCACAAGUGCCGAGUCCUUCGUCAACGUUAAACGAUGGUUACAUGAAAUCAACCAGAACUGUGACGACGUGUGCCGAAUAUUGGUGGGAAACAAGAACGACGACCCCAACUCCAAGGUGGUUGAGACGACUGACGCGCAAAAGUUUGCAGAGCAGAUGGGAAUCAGCUUGUUUGAGACGAGUGCAAAAGAGAAUAUCAACGUUGAAGAGAUGUUUAACUGCAUCACGGAGCUAGUGCUACGGGCCAAGAAGGAAGUGCUCGCCAAACAGCAGCAGCAGCAACAGAACGACGUGGUCAAACUCACCCGGAACAGUAAACGAAAGAAAAAGUGCUGCUAGCAACCUCCAAGCCAUCCACAAAAGUCCGGAGGCGGCUUUUCUUCAUACAUGCAUACACACACGAUGGGACUCUGAGCAUCUAAAUUAAAGAGCAGAUAGAGAUUUAAUAAACAUACAGUGAAAAAUGAAAAAUAAAAUAAAAUAAAUGGAAAAAAAAAAUGUCCCCUUUGGACAAAUUAAUCAUGAAGACUUAAAAAAAAUAAAAUAAAAUUGUACAGAUUUUUAUUAGACGUCAGAUCAAGUUUUAUUUGGAGUUCAGCAGGUGGGCGCCGAUGACCUGACGUCCUCCUUUGGUUUAAGGAUCUGCAAGCUGACAACUGACCCGCCAAAAUGCUCACAUUUAUAUCCACAUAUUCCCCAUAUUCUUCAUCAGUGUGUCAUCUCUCCUUCUCAUUCCACUGCACACGGGACAUUCAGAGUUGGAGCGACUCUGCGCCCCAGGAGGAGGAGGGCUCACCGUUCCUGGAUUUAUUUGCUUUUGGUUUUUUUAAUUCUUAUUUUUUUGUGGGAGGGGUGGGAGUAGGGGGACUGUUUCUGCAGUAGGGGGUGUGUUUUUUUUUGGGAUAGGUGGUUGAAAAAGAGUGGAGGUGUCGGCACCUCUAGCGUUUCAACAUUUCCACCCGUUAUCACAGCCCACGCCAAGAGAUCACAAACUGCAAGACUUUGGUUUUAUUUCACGUGAUGGGGGAACCCCAGGGGUGUUGAUCAUGUUGAUUAGUAGAUAACCUUUAGCAACUAAUCCAAUGGACAGAGCUGGUAACUUCUCGUGUAAUGUUUUUCUUUUUCUGUAUUUUUGCCAAGCUUCCCACCCCUGCCCUCUAACUUCCAGUCGUGCUGAGCCAACAACAAUUGAUUACGAUUGAUUUAUUCUAUUUUAUUUUUUUUCCAUUUGCAGCAGAGCAGUGUGAACCAGUCUUGCAGUUCUGCGGCUCUGACUGCAACUCUCACUGCAGUCUUACUAUGCUUUCACUGUUUGCUUUUAAACCUCUUUUUCCCUCUUUCUUUCUUUCUUUUCCAAAGAUGAUACUGCCAAUAUUAUAUGAAAAAAAAAAAAAAAGAAGAGCUCAAGACAGGCUCUCGUUGGACUGUUGCCAUAGUGGCCCGCAGGUGGCCUACAAGCAAGGUGAAUCAGUGUCUGAUGGGACCUUGUGGCGUCCUCAGGAAGUGCUCGCUCCCUCCCUCUCUUUCUCCUCUCCCGUGUUCCUGCAGACACCGGUCUCCCCUCGACACCUCCAUGUCAGCAUCUCUCAAAGCCUGCAAUCCAGGAGAACACGCUGGCUCCAUCUGUGGAAAGUGGCUUCUCAUUAGUUGUCUGUGCGACCAUUCGAUCUUUUUUUUUUUUUUUUUUUUUUUUUUCUUUCCCCCCCCAUUUUUUUGAAUGCCUUUCUGAGCAUGUAACACUUUGGUUAAAGCAGUCUGUAAAAGUCAAAUGUCAUGUGUUUAGACUGCCACAAAUUCAUGAAUUUACUGCACGUUCUCAUCUUGCAGAACCUUCUUAACAGUUAACUAAUGUUUAAAGUCUUAAGUCAUGUUUUUGUCAUGUCUGUCACGACUCCCGCCACCUUCGCAGACUGAAGUGUUAACUGUCAGGUGUUUUUUAGCAUCCGAGAUGAGAGCGUGUCUGACGGUGCGACUGUUAUCGUAAGAACAAAUGGGGAUGAACUUGUGCACUGAAUCCAGUGUGUUUGGACCCGAGCCUCUCUCCGUUGCCAUGUGUGCCCCCAGGGUUCAUCAGAGGCCGAAGCAGCACACAUCUAUAAUAUACUCCUUAUUUUUUUUUCUUUUUCUUGUUCCUUUUGAAUUGGGAGAAUUGUAAAUGGAGAGAGAGCUGUAAAUGUUGCGUUAGCUUUUGGUGGAAACAUUUAGUUUUCAUCCGCCUGGGUGGACUCUGGCAGAAGUCCCGCUGACGUGAAGGGCCUAAAAAAAAAAAAAAAAGAAAAGAAAAAAGGUAUCAAAUCUCACACUCUAUAUAGUUUUCUCUUUAUGUGUAUGUAUAUAUAAAUAUAUUUGUGUGUUUAUAUUCAAUAUAGAACAUGCACACCUAAGUGCGCAUGUGUUGAACAUGCCCCGUGUGCCCCGUGGGUUGAAACACACUCGUCAGCUGUGGUUUGCUGUACACUGGAGAAACACAAAAUAAAAAAAAGAUGUACUAUUCAA